GAGGUCAGAGCAGCUGACGGGGCAGUGGCAGAUCGGCUUGUUCGAGGCGUCCAUCAAGGGUGCUGCUACAGCUGCUGCACGGCGGGCCGGCAGCGCAGCGACAUCUCGGAAGUCCUCGGCGAGCCCCACGUGUGCCGCGACGGCAUGUUCCCGUGCGGCCCCCCCUGGCGAGCCGCAGGAUCAGAGCUGCAUGUGGGCGAGGCUUUCUGCUGCCACGGUUGCGCCACCUGUGCGAGCAGGCUCCUCCUUCAGACCCGCCCUGACAGGCAGAGCGCUUGCCGCUGCGAUGGGGUGCUGUUUUUGCCAUGUGCCUCGCCUCCUGGACCGUGUGCCUCCUUCUCGCUGCGUGGGGCGUGA